AUGGGGGUCCGGAAUACACCACUUUCCCUUCAGAGGAGCUCCUGGGGAAGGCAGGUUCGGGGAGCGUCCUUCCUUAGCCGGCUCAAGCUUUGCCUCAACGGGACCCAACCCAUCGCGGCCAAUGGCAAGAGCGACUUCAGCAGGGCUUCUGCUGCUCCUGUCAUUCACGACGGCCUGGGCCCAGAAUCUAAAGCAUUUGGAAUAGAGGAUAUUGUGCCAGGUCACGAAGUUGUUGCACAAAUUGGAGACCAGAUUGCCCUAAGUUGCCGCACAACUGGUUGUAAAUCCCCGUACUUCUCCUGGAGAACCCAGUUAGACCAUCCAUUAGGCGGGAAACUGCACAAUCAAGGAAACAGUUCGGUUUUAACUAUAAAGUCUGUUGGAUUUCAGCAUGAGCAUCAAUAUGUCUGCACUGCUGGUUGCAAGCAGGGUGAAUCAUCCAAAGAAAAAGCAGUCAGGGUUGACAUUUACUCAUUCCCCAGCAAUCCUGUUAUUGAGCUCAGAAGCCCUCUCAUUCUUGGGAAACCAGCUUCUGUCACCUGUACUGUUCCCAGGGUCUAUCCUUCUGAGCAGUUGAAGAUCACUUUGCUAAAAGGAGAAUUAAAUACUGAAAAAGAGUUUUUUCAAGACCCUCAUACAAAAUCAUUAGAAACAAAGAACUUGAAUAUUAAUUUCAUUCCAACUGAGGAAGAUUUUGGGAAAGAGAUCAUAUGCAUAGCUGAGUUGCCGAUAGAGGAAAUGGCUUUGAAGCCUAAGCAGAGGCAGGCUACACACGUGAUGGAAAUAAAUUAUGGCCCACGGAAUACUCAUGCCAUGGCAUUCCCAGGCAACAACAUACUAGAAGGUGAAGCACUGACACUUACCUGCCUGACUGAAAGUCAUCCACAGGCUAGUUUUGCCUGGAAGAAGCAGCUUGCUGAUGGAAUUGCCCAGAAUAUUACAGAAAAGUACAACCUCUCCAUCCCAAAUCCUCAAGUCUCUGACUCUGGAAUCUAUAUCUGUGAAGUCACCAAUGCAGUUACCAGUGAAGUGGACAGAACAUCACUGUAUAUUUCUGUACAAGGUAUAAAGCUCCUAGGGAUCCUUAUUUUAAUUAUGAAGGCUUCAGCUGUCAUGGUUACAUCAGCCUUUUCACCAACUACUUCAACAUUAACUACUCCACCUGAAACGAUGACUUCCUUUACAUCAAAUGGAGCAUUAAAAGCCACUACAUCAUUUACAUCUCUUGCAACACUGAAAACAAUGACGUCCAUUACAUCAGAAAUAGCAGCACCCAAAUUGAUUACAUCUUUUACAUCACAGACAGCACCAAAAAUGAUUACCUCUGUAACAUCACAUGCAGCACUGAAAAAUAAUACAGUUGUGUACCUGGUGGAAGUUUCUGAUGAUGACAGAAAUAAUACAGAAGAGAUCAUAAUAUUUGCCAGAGUUGAAGAGCUGGAUUACAUGACUCCUACAAUCAUCAUAAUUUCUUGUUUAGCAACAGCCGCAGGUCCCAUGGCCGCCAUAUUUAUUUACAUUUUUAGAAAGAUGAAGAUAAAUGGAUCCUACAGCCUUGUAAACUCAUUGAAACCAAAUGUAUAAGUGCACUAACCAGAAGUAACUACACAUUUUUGCAAGUUCACCAACUGGAUAAUACUGGGCCCUGCUCAAAAUCUUUGGUGGUCUUUCUCAUCACAACUCAAUAUGAGAGGCAUAUGCUUUAGAAAGGAUGUGCUUUGGAAAGGAUGGAAACCAAAAUUAGGCCUUUUCAUGAAAACUAGUAUCUUGGAUUCUGACUUUGUCUCCACUCAGCCAUAACAUUUGCUUUGUGACCUUGAGCUAAUCUGUAGAGACGUCUCUAAACUUUUUAUUUUACAAUAUCAACUUUCAUGUGCAAUACAAGCCAAGCAAAAUCUACCUAUCUUUUGGCAGUGCUGGACUAACUUUCAGACUUACCUACCUACCUAACAAAGUAGUUAGUUGUGAGAAUAAAAUGAAGUGCAACUUGGUGG